CGGUCAGGUUAACUGCGCAUGCGCAUUGUGUCCCCGGUAUCGAGCAUUAGGAAAUCCUCUGUGUAGAGAAUAUUCCAGACGUUGGUGUGUGAGUGUUAAACAGAAGAAACCUAUUUCGAUGAGAAAAGAGCCUUUACUACAUCACACAUUUAAUCUUGUCCGCGGCCAUCAUGGUGAAGGAGACGGGUUUUUAUGACGUCCUGGGAGUGAAGCCCAGAGCCAGUCCUGAAGAGCUGAAGAAAGCUUAUCGCAAACUGGCCUUGAAAUACCAUCCAGACAAAAACCCGGCCGAGGGGGAGAAGUUUAAACAGAUCUCUCAGGCGUACGAGGUGCUGUCCGACGCACAGAAGAGAGAAGUGUACGACCGAGGAGGAGAGGCGGCCAUUAAGGAGGGUGGGAAUGGAGGAGGAGGAGGAGGAGGAGGCUUCAGCUCCCCCAUGGACAUCUUCGACAUGUUCUUCGGAGGAGGAGGUCGAAUGCGCCGAGAGAGGAGAGGGAAGAACAUCGUGCACCAGCUGACCGUGUCUUUGGAGGACUUGUACAACGGAGCCACCAGGAAACUGGCUGUACAGAAAAACAUCAUCUGUGAGAGAUGUGAAGGCCGCGGGGGGCGUAAAGGUGCGGUGGAGGUGUGUCCGUCCUGCAGGGGGACAGGUGUCCAGGUGAGGCUGCAUCAGUUGCUCCCCGGCAUGGUGCAGCAGAUCUCCACCGUCUGUGGAAGCUGCAGAGGUCAGGGCCAGCGCCUGAGCCACCGCGACCGCUGCAAAGCCUGCGCCGGGCGCAAAAUCCUGCGCCAGAAAAAGAUCCUGGAGGUGCACGUCGAUAAAGGUAUGAAAGAUGGACAGAAGAUUGUGUUCCACGGGGAAGGAGACCAGGAACCGGGACUAGAACCUGGUGACAUCAUUAUCGUCUUAGAGCAGAAGGCACAUCCCGUCUUCACGAGACAGGCCAUGGAUCUGAUCAUGACCAUGGAAGUUCAGCUCGUAGAGUCGCUGUGUGGCUUCCAGAAACCCGUCCGAACGCUGGACAACAGAACUCUGCUCAUCACCUCACACCCAGGUGAGUUGAUCAGGCCAGGUGAUAAGAAGUGUGUGCUGAAUGAGGGGAUGCCUCUGCACCGUCGCCCGUUUGAGAAAGGCAGACUCGUCAUCCUCUUUAACGUGGUCUUCCCCAAGGCGAACUUCCUCCCUGUGGACAAGCUGAAGCAGCUGGAGCAGUACUUCCCUUCCACACGAGAGAAAAGCGAUCCCGAGAGCAUGGACGAUGACCUCUACAUCUACGCCGACCUCGAGGACUGUGACCUGAGCCAAGAGCGACGACGUCACCAUUACGUCGAUGACGACGAGGAGGACUUUCAUCCAGGAGGAGGGGUACAGUGCCAAACCUCAUAGAGCUUCCUUCCACUGCUCGUACCUUCGACCUCACUCUUUAGAUAAAGCUCUGUGUUCAGAGUUCGUCGAUAAGAAAGAGAAAGAUCACGUCCAUCAAAUAGAUCAAACGGUAUUUUUUUUUUAUUUUAAAUCACUGGGAGAAUCUCAUUUAUUGGAAUCGUGCGCAGGUUUCUGAGGUGUAGAGAGGAUCAGGUGAGUGAGUCAGGUACAGUAUUGUUUUAUUCUUUCUUUAGAUUCCUUCACAAACGCAGCGGAGGUCAGAGAAAGCCGAGAUUUCAGUUCAAGCUGCUGAUUAUUACAGAACCUGCAAAAACUAAAACUCACAUAAAGACAGCGUUUCUGCCAUUUUAAGGAUACUGUGAUUUAGCAAGCCAAAAGAUUUUCCUCAAAUGUAAAAGCAGUGUUACUUUAACAGCUAAACUUUUAAUAAGGGUAUAAAUGAAAACAAAACAAAAAACCAAUAUCUACUAGAAUUACUGUUUGUAUAACGAUCUCUAACGGUGACCGUAAACUGAAAAAAAAACAUUUUUUGCUCAAUAACUAGCUUUUUUUUUUUUUGUCAUGAGUAGCAGCAUUUGCACUAUAUACUGACUGAUAUCUGACUUAUUUUAUUUAUUUGCAGCCUUUUUAUGUGAAUUAAGUUGCCAAUUAGUUAAACUGUGUUCCUCUGUCUUUCAAUUCAUUAUGCAGUAAAUUUAUGCAGCGUUGAUGCACUCGAAUAUUUUAAAAUAACUUUCAAAUGCAAAUUCUCCGUUCAGUCCUUAUUUCCAUGUUUGUCUGCCAAACGUUGUUCUGUCACCUGUGAGUUACCUGUCACCUGUGAGGCCUUAUAAACAGGUAAAGAGGAAACUGCGUCCUGCCUCGAACAUCAGUUUUGCAGCAAAGACAGAAAUUAAAUACGGAAUUAUAAAAAAUCUUUAUCUCUGUUAGAAAAUAAUACUCUUUUUUUAUGUGAUCAUUGUUUCUUGUACUUUAAGGUCAAUUUUAUUAGGACCAAUAAUACACUUUAUUUGUACUUUAACUUAUAAAUUAAACUUAAAUCUUUCUCCUUUA